AUGGCAAACAAACACUUCUUUGAGCGUCUCCUUCCCGGUUUUGAAAGCCACCUCAAAAUUCCUGCGAAAUUCUUCUCCGACCACAUAGAGGGAAAACACGAGGGCGAGACUGUAAGUUUGAGAUCAGAUGCGUCGGAGACAAAAUGGAAAGUGAAGAUGGAAGGCCAAAGAUUCACCCAAGGUUGGAAAGAGUUCGUCAAGGCACAUGAUCUUCGAAUCGGUGACAUUGUCGUCUUCAGACACAGAGGGGACAUGAAGUUCCACGUCACUGCUUUAGGACCCGGUGGCUGUGAGAUAACGCCUGGUGACCGCCUCAAAGUCGAAGACGAAGAAGAGCGUGUGGACAGAUCUGAGGAGGAAGAAGAUGAUGAGAAUGAGAAUCUGACCGCAAAAUCUAAUCACUCUUCACCUGAUCUCAACUUAUCCGUGACAGCCUCGAACAUAUCAGCUAAUAGAGUGACUGUGCCCAUAGCUUUCGCUAAGCAAAACGGAUUGGACAAAGGAAGUCAGGAGAUACUUUUGAUGAACGAACAAGGGGAGUCAUGGGAAUCCGAAGUAAAGAGUAUGAAUUCUGGUCAGCUUUUCAUAGUUCGAGGUUGGAAAAGUUUCUGCACCGCAAAUAAUCUAGAAGUUGGAGAAUCUUGCCCAUUUACACUGCUCCAAAUCGCCACAAAGCCUGUGUUUCGGCUCUCCAGACCCACAAAGGAGGGGCAAAACGAGAAGUCUCGGUCCCCGGAAGAGAAUGAACCUGACAAAACCCGAGAAACCCGGUUUGUGAAGUUAACUCCUUCAGUGAACAGCCUUGCGGUUGGUAAACAGCAUCUACCCGUAAGUUUCACGAGAGUGAACGGACUCGACAAGCCGACGAAAACAAUUCUGGUGGACAAAAAGGGAACCGAGUGGUCGAUGAAGCUUAACGUUGACAAGAGAGGAGCGAUGUAUAUUGGGAGCUGUACUUGGAAAAGUUUCUGCGCAGCGAAUGAAGUAGGCCCAGGGGAGUCUCUAACUUUGGAGUUGAUCCCAGGAGGCGCAAAUCCUUUGUUCAAGUUCUUCUCCAAGGUGGAACAAUCACCAUCUGAAGCAGAGGCUCCGGCACACAAGCGAUCUCGAUUCCAGAAAAGGAGUGGGGAGACUAAGACACCUGCAGAAGGAGAGUCCUCUCGUCGCACUAGAGCAUCUAACAAAUCCAGUGCUGAUCAAGGAAACUUGGAGCACACGGAACCUGGCUCUGUCUCAGAUCAGGUGUCUACGGUGAAAAAGAGUGUUGUAGAUACUUUAACUAGUAUUAGACGGUUUCAGACCGAGCUCAAGACAAUGGAAAAGAAACUUGAAGAUUCAUUGCCUGGAAUCGGCAACUUAGAGAGGAGAGUAUAA